AUGGCAUUAAAUCAAGAAACUCCUAUAUAUGUCAACGUAAAACUUGAACAAUCUGACGUUUUUAUGAACAAAAUGUCAUCAAGUGAACAAUUUGAAGAAAUCGAAGAUGAUGAUAAACUUCAAUUAUUAUCAUAUCUUAUUAAUAAUCCCUCAACAUCUGAUAAGAAAAAAGCAAAAUGUCUUCAUCAACGUAUUAUUAUCAACUAUGAAAAUAAAAAUUGGCUAAAUGUAGUCGAUGACAUAAAAAUGUUCGAGGAAAUAAAUAAUUCUGGUGUAUUUUCAGUUUUAAAAAUUAAAGCUAGACUUCAUGAACAUUGUCGAAAAGCACGGCUCUCCAUCAUGAAAAUGAUGGAUAAUGGAAAUUAUUGUGAUGAACAUGAAAAGCUAUUUUACAAUAUAAGUCAAAAAAAUAUCGACGAUUUGAUCAAUGGUGAAAUGCCAAUACGUUGUCGAUCAGCAAAGAAAUCAAUCAAGCGAUUAACAAAAUAA